AUGGUUUUUCAGUCAUUGAAUAGAGAUCUAUCUUGUUUGGUUGAUAAAGAGCUUUUUCUUAAGGGUUUUUCAAUUGAUCAAUUGAUGGAAUUGGCGGGUUUAAGUGUUUCUCAGGUUAUUUAUGAUGUUCAUCCUUUGGAAAAGGGUUCUCGUAUCUUAGUUCUUGCAGGACCAGGAAAUAAUGGAGGAGAUGGUCUUGUUGCUGCAAGACAUCUUUGGCAUUAUGGUUAUAAAUUGUCAAUUUAUUAUCCAAAGAAGGGUAAAAAUGAGCUAUUUGAUAGAUUGUGUAUCCAACUUGAUGAACUGUCAAUUCCUUUUGUUAGUAAUAUUUCAUUAGCGAUGAAAGAAACAGAUCAUAUUAUUGAUGCAAUUUUUGGUUUUAACUUUUCAGGCGAAAUAAGGGAUCCAUUUAUUGAAGUGAUUGAAAUGCUUAAACAUACGAAAAUACCUGUCACAAGUAUUGAUAUACCGUCUGGUUGGGAUAUUGAAAAAAAUCCUUUCGAAAAUGGAGGAACCGUUCAAUGGAAUCCAACUUUUCUUGUUUCACUAACCGCGCCAAAACCAUGCAGUCAAUAUUUUAAAGGACGACAUUUUAUUGGCGGAAGAUUUAUUACGCCUUCAAUCAUGAAAAAAUACAAUCUUAGCCUUAUAAAAUAUGAUGGUUAUAAACAAUAUGCCGAAAUUACUGGAAUUCCUAUUGAAAAUGAUUUCAAAUAA